CGUGUCAUAAUAAUACGAAUUUUGGAAAAAGGUUGUGCUUUGUAGUUGCAUGAAAGCAUAGAAAGUAUAUUUGCUGUCUAGCAUCACAUAAAGGCAAAAAUGGAAUGAAGCCUUACAGGCAAAUGUUAUGAAUUUCGCCCAAGUCUGGUCCCAGUUAACAGUGACGCCGCUUUCCAUCGCUGUCAACAAUUCCGCUAUUGCCGCCUGCAAGAAGAGGGACAACGGGAUGGUUUUCACAGAAGCCUUGGACAAGGAAGGGGAACUGGACACCUGGGAUUACAAUAAUGAUUUUACCGUAAAUGAUGGCAUCGACAUCAUGUUUAGGUUUUAAAAAAGGACUGCGGAACUCGCAUUCCUGCAAGAAACCUUGAAUAUAUACGAACCCCAGUCCUUGUAACUAGUAUUAAGUGUUGGGUGGCUAGUUGCAAAAACAUUGGCUUCGCAAACAAUUAAGAUUUGUUGCAAUAUCUCAUGAACUUCAAAGGAAAAAGACGUUUCGAGUGACUUCAGUGCCACAAACAGCGGAUCAAAUUAAAUGUUCAGUCUUGGUAGCUCGAUACCUGUGUACAGUCGGUGAACAGUAGGCUAUUCAUAGGGCCUCAAUACAGAAAGUGGGGUUUAAAUAACGGAUACUAUUAUCAACCCCUUUUUGGGGGUCACGACGCCACCAUUUCCGGGUUUGUGAGCGUUGUGAGAGUGGAGCGAGACGCAGGAGCGAAGAGCGCGGCUGUGUCGGUGUCCAUACCCGGACUAAUUGGGGGCAGCAUGGCCGCUGGCAAGGGGACGGAGAAGUCGUCAGUGUUUCAGAACGAACGAGUUCGGUUCAUCUUCUGUUUCCUUGGAGUUUUUGUGUGUUAUUUUUAUUAUGGCAUACUGCAAGAAACAAUCACAAGGGGGAAGUACGGCGAAGGGGACGCGAGGGAGACGUUCAGAUAUGCCACGACGCUGGUCUUCAUUCAAUGCAUCAUCAAUUCUGCCUUCGCCAAGCUCUUGAUCCAGUGCUUUGAAGGGCCCAGGUCUGACCACACUAAGAGCUGGCUCUAUGGAGUGUGCUCAGUUUCCUACCUGGGGGCCAUGGUAUCCAGCAACUCCGCCCUGCAGUACGUCAACUACCCCACUCAGGUGUUGGGGAAGUCCUGUAAGCCGAUCCCAGUGAUGAUCCUGGGCGUGACCAUACUGAGGAAGAAGUACCCGAUGGCCAAGUACCUGUGCGUGCUGCUGAUCGUCAGCGGCGUGGCCCUCUUCCUGUACAAGCCCAACAAGGGAGCGGCCGCCGCGGACGACCACCUAUUCGGCUUCGGGGAAGUGCUGCUGCUGCUGUCCCUCACGCUGGACGGGCUGACGGGCGUGUCCCAGGACCACAUGCGGGGCCACUACCAGACCAGUCCCAACCACAUGAUGCUCAACAUCAACCUGUGGUCCACACUGUGGCUGGGGACAGCGAUCCUGUGGACGGGAGAAUUGUGGGAGUUCCUGAGCUUUGCUGACCGCUAUCCCGGUAUCCUUUACAACAUCCUGCUCUUCGGUCUCACCAGCGCCUUGGGACAGACUUUCAUUUUCAUGACGGUGGUGUACUUUGGCCCCCUGACCUGCUCCAUCGUCACCACCACCCGUAAGUUCUUCACCAUCCUGGGUUCGGUCCUGCUCUUCGGGAACGUGAUCAGCACCAUGCAGUGGAUCGGAACCGUCCUGGUCUUCCUGGGUCUGGGACUGGACGCUAAAUUCGGGAAAGUGCCUAAGAAGAUCACACACUGAGCCCCUAUGGGUCCACCGGCGCCCCCCCCCCCCCCCUGGGCCUGAGCCGCAGUACAGACAGACAGACAGACAGACACAGACAGACAGACGGAUGCAAGCCUGGCCUCAGCUUUCCAUUCCAGAGGAUUCACUUGAUACAUCAAACUUCAACACCAGCCUCAACGCUAGACCUCACCUCACGCAGAUGCAUAGAGCUAUAGUGUGUCGGCUACUUGCAGUCAUUGCCUGCUUUCUGUCCGGACGCUGGUGUAACCUCCACCGGCUCUGUGUCCCUUUGGCAGGCCACACCAUCAACACCGCACUCGCUUAGAACGCAACACCACGUCGAGGAUGUGACUGCAGGAAGGGGGAGGCGGUACACUGGCGUUUCCGGCAGGUGAUCCAAACGAGAAAUGUUAUCCCGAGAAACUAAAUGCAGAACUUACGGUUAUCGAGUACGUGUUCACCGGUUUUGGACUUCGGCUUCCACAAGCAAUUUUUGUCACUUGUUUUACCCGUCAAAUUCUCCUGUGCCAGAGUCCUCUACUUCUUGUUUUUUUUAAGUUUUAAAAUCGCUUAGUUGCUACAAAAGCGUCGCGGUUGGUGCAUUGCCGACUUCCGUCCUCCACCUGAAACGAUAAACGCUUGAAUUUUGAAGAACAGCAGGCGAUGUGAGCAUAUGGCUGUAUUUGCACUUGGUUUACACAUGUAUAUACUGUAAUUGUAUACAUGUCUCCAUUCAUAUAGCAGAAGUGAGAGGCCAGAGGAAUCAAAUCUGUUAAUUCAACUGAACUCUUAAUUAUGUCAUGUUUACUUGGUAUUAGCACAUCAUGAAUUAUGUUUUGUUACAAUCCCCUAUUAUUUUCAGCGAUUUCAGCAUUAUCUGUCUCCACGUUUACCCAUCAUAGUUGUUUAGGAAAUUAAUUUCAAAGGACAACGAAAAGGAAAAUCUGUACUGUAUUCUAGCAACCAAGAUGUUUAUACAUAUUAUUUAAGGAGAAAAGAAGCAUCUUCCAAAAUGAACACUGCAUCAUGUGUGCCCUUCUCAGUGGGCUAACCCCAAAUUAAAUGAAAGAAUAUUAUGAA